UUGAGUUGUGGAGAAAAUAAUUAGGCCUUGAUUGUUUUUGUCUUGAAGAUAAUUAAAUUUUGUUUGUAGCAUAAUCGCGACGUGUUAGAGAAGGCAAUGUAUUGUAGUAAUAGCUGUGUUUAUUGUGCGAGGGAAUAGUAUCUUAUUUUCUAAUGUUCCAGCACAUGUGUUCGCGUUACUUUGCGGAGGAUAUUGCAGGCCACUCCAGGAGUAUUUGAACAAAGGGCUACAAAUCGCUACUAAUCACCGAUACAGGUGGCAGUGACGCAGCGUCUUUGGUGUGCGGCGGUUGACUAUGAGCUCUAAGGCCUCUGCGCCUAUCCCAUUGCCCAUCGGAAGAGAAGUGCAGGUGCGUCUCGGUGACAGCUUCUUGCAGUCUUCCUCGCUCUCCUAUCACAAGGUACAGUAUGACUUCAAGCCGGCAUCGUUUUCCUCACGUCGGCCAGGCUCCGUGGAGGUGGGCAGCGAUCGUUCGGUGACAAUGAAGUUCACAACACCGCAGUCUGAGUACCGGGGAUCGACGCAGCUCACAACAAAGGACUGUGUCAUGAUCAUUGAGCCCGAUGGCAGUAUCGUCCUAGAAAGGAUAUGGAGUAACGUUCGCGUGAAGCGAGCGCGUGGAGCAGCGGUCAAAGGCGGGCCCGGAGACAACUCCAAGUCUUCACUGCUGGAUGGAGAUGAGAAUGACUUUAUGCCGCCGGCGAAGCGUCCAGUUCCCGCUCAUGAUGCUGCGCCCCUGGCCGAUGACGAAGAGAGUGAUGACGACUGUGACUUUGUGACGGGAAACGAGUCACCCAUGUCACAGCCGAGGGUGCCCGCUGCCGUGGCCAUGUCCUCCCUUGCCAGCCAGUCUAUCCGUGUUCCAACCAUGGCUCAACCCCAACAGCAGCUAAGCAGCAGUGGAAGUAGCAGUGAUAGUAGUAGUAGCGGCAGUGACAGUGACUCGGACAACUCCAGCUCAUCCAGCAGCAAUAGUGGUGGAGAUUCAUCGGACGACGAUAGCAGCUCAUCUGAUGACUCCGAUGAUCUUGCCGGCCAGUUGGAUCAGAAAAUUGAUCAAUCGUAUAUGUCAUCUGCCUCCGCUCAAUCCGCUAUGCCGCCACCACCAGCACUCAAUAGACAGACAUCAGGUAAUCUUUCCAGUGACUUAGAAAUGAGCGACACAGAUGAUAGUGAUGGAGACUAGGGCUUAGAGUUGUUCUUGAAGCCAGUUCACCGUGUUGACGCUCCGAGUCGUUUGCCUCAGAGUCGAUUUUUUAUAACUUCCGCCGUCCACAUUCUUGACACCAUACUUCUUAGCAGUAGUUUUCAUAUCACUAUGUACUUUCUUACAUCAUAUAAAUGAUCGCACUGGCUGCAUCAUGAAAUGUUAACUUAUAAAUCCACACUGGUUCUGCACAGAUCUAAUCCUCCUCUCCUUGACAUGCAGCUUGCUUGGUAAUUUGAUGUACCAGCGCAUCAUGCACUUUUGCUUUUAUGUGUACUUCUUUUUGAAGUGCCGACGUUGCCUCUUUUCUUUUUUUCAUUUCUUGCCGUGCAAGUCAUGCUACAUUUGCUACCACUGCCUUGUAGGUCUGGAGUCGCAUCUUGUACCGGACUGCCAGGAGCCUUGUCCGAUACAGACCGACUCCAUUGCACCAAGAGUACGUCUCGGCAUUCAUAUUUAUUCUGUAGAAUCCCGAUAUAUCAACUGCGACGUAAAACAAGUGAAAUGGCAAACCAA